AAAACAAUAAGCGCUUUCAAUCGUUCAGCGACGGGUUGUGCAAAAAAACCUACCGAAGCGAGAUGCUGAAAACAUCAGUUUUCCGGUGACACGACGUUCGAUCCACGUCGAACCAAUCAGGAAACUAAAAGCAAUGACCACUUGGGUCCUUUUAAAACAACCAGGAGUACUGCUGCUCGGUUUACUACCUUUCGGGAUCGUCGCUGGCUGGCCGAUUGUGAAUGGUGUAGUUGCCGGAGAGGAAGAAGCCGAUCAGUUUAGAUUCGCGGUAUCCUUGCAGCAUGGCGACGAUUCGAACAGCAGCGGCAAUCGAUCGCACUUUUGCGGUGGAACCUACAUUGGCAGUGGUUGGAUUGUGACCGCGAAUCACUGCGUUGUCGGGUUUGAAAUCGGCACGAUCUAUGCGUAUGUUGGAGGACUCUCUCUGAACAAGAGUAAACAAACGGAGCUCUACUUGGUUGAAGAAAAGAUUUCCCAUCCUAGCUAUAAUCGAAUCACAUUGUCUGGUGAUCUGGCGUUACUUCGUCUGCAGCCUCGGAAUGAGAGUUUCGAUUUGCUGGACGAGAUGAUUCAAGAGAAGCUUGUAUUGCCAUCGAAGGCACUUACCGGAACAUAUGAUUCGCACGUUUUGAACCUAAUCGAAAACUAUGAACAGGAUGAGGGAGCGGAAUCGGAAGAAUGCCUUAUCUACGGAUACGGUUCUGCCACGUUUUACGGUGCUGGUAGCAAUGACUUGCAUUACGGUCCGGUGCAGCAGCUUGAUCACGCAGAAUGCAAAGACCUUCUAGGACCACUUUUGGCUCCUUCCCGAGCGAACUCCGGAAUGUUUUGCGCGAUCGGUUUCACCGACGCUUGUAGGGGAGACUCUGGGGGAGGUUUAGUAUGCAGACGACGACUGUCCACGCCGCUGCCAUGGGGGAAAACGGAGGAUAGAAACAUCACGUACACGCUGCGUGGUAUCAUCUCGUAUGGCGCUGGAUGUGGCGUUCCUGCGUCACCCGGCGUCUACACCGAUGUCGGUUUUUAUUGGGAUUGGAUCGAAGAGGUCAUUUCAGGACUGCAAUAGCAAAUGAUGCCUUUCUCUACUUAUGUUAUUCACAUAGUCAAGUUAGUUCGUUAGUCGUUUAUUAAAUUCUUAAAACAUAAUCACAAACAUUCGCUCAAUGAAAUGAUUGACAUGUCACUUUCAUUACUAUAAUUCAAUCAAAAUUAUGCGGGAAGAUGAAUGUCACAGUUUUGAUACGUUCUUCGAACGAGACAUCGAUAACUUGGUCAAAAGUCCUGCGAAGGAGGGAAUCAUGGAAUGUUUUGUGCCGAUGCUGAUAGAAUAGAUCUUGUCAAUUGGAUGCUUUAAUCUAGUUGAGUACGCAUGUAUGAUCGAGCUAGUGUAACUUGACU